UAGAACCUUAGGCUUAGGCUAACCAUUGACCAACGUCGGCGUGAUUCAUUCGCGUCCUUUGCUCAUCGCCACCGAAAACCCUUUCCUUCAAGCUUGUUUUAAGAAAAGCUAUCCAAGAUGGGUGGUGGAGACUUGAACAUGAAGAAGUCUUGGCACCCGCUCCUGCUUAAAAACCAGGAGCGGGUCUGGCUCGAGGAGAAGAAGGCUCUCGAGGAAAAGAAGAAACUUGACCAGCUGCGCAAAGAGAAGGAGGAGGAAAGGCAGCUGCAGGAGCUCCAACGUCUACAAGAAGAGCAGACAGGAAAGAAGAGGACUGAGAAGCUGGAAUGGAUGUAUACGACACCUGCGACGGGGAUUAAUCAGAACGCAAACGAUUUAGAGGACUACCUGCUGGGUAAAAAGCGGGUUGACAAGAUCUUGACGGCCGAUGAGAACGCGCAGCUUGGCGCCGCUCACAAGAACUUCAUUGCCAUUCAGAACGCUAACAGUGUUCGAGACAUUGCCUCCAAGAUUCGUGAAGAUCCCUUGCUCGCUAUCAAGCAGCAAGAACAGGCUGCAUACCAGGCACUGAUGUCCAAUCCCCUCCGUCUUCGUGAGAUGCAGGAACGCAACGGUAUAAAACCGAAGAAAGAGAAGAAAGAGAAGAAGCGAGAGAAGAAGGAAAAGAAAGAACGGCUAGCCAGAGGACGAGAAGACCGAACAAGGUCAAGGAGUCCUGUAGAUGAUUACAAGCGAAAUGAUCGCCGGUAUGAUGCUGAAGAUGACCGCCACUAUCGGAGACGAAGCAGAAGUCGCUCUCCUGGUUACCGCAGAAGUCGCGACUUUCGCGACGACAACGUUCGAACAUGGCCCCGCUCGGACGAAUCUGACGACAAUGGCUAUGGGGGGCGCAGAAGUGUCGAGCGUAGUGGAAAGCGCACAGACGAUGAUAGGAAACGGAGACGCAGUCCUACUCCCCCGCAUCGCAAUCCAUAUCCGAAACGCUCGCGCUACAGUCCUCCUCCAAGAUCUGAUUCCCGUCCGGGCCCUUCCACCCAGAAGCAGCCACCUAAUGCCGCGGAAGAUCGUGCCGCAAAACUGGCUGCUAUGCAGUCAGGUGCCGCAACCAUGGAAGUGGAACGGCAACAGCGGCUGAUGGCACUGCUAGAGAAAGAAAAGGCAGACCUGGAAGCGGAGGAACAAGCCCGAGCAAAGUCGAAGGGCAUGGGUGGCUUCUUGGGCCAAGAACAGAAGAAGGUCUUUGGCGGCGUGGGUGGUUUGGAAGACAGGAUCAGGCGGGGAAGAGGCGGCCUGGUUGCCGAUGCAGACUGAGAUUUCGCGCUUCACUUUUAGCCGCUUCACCAGGCGCAACAGGACAUUAAAGUCCCUUCAUCUGCGAAUACACAUGCACAUUCGCUUGUCGAGCGCUCGUUAACACUGAUGAUAGCAACCGCAGGCCCUUGUCCUCGGACUAGAGUUCAACAACGGCGAUGUAUAUUGAAUCCGCCGAAAUUAUCAACAAUCCCCAAUUCAAUCCAGUUAGGACGACCCUAUACAGGGCUCAGGUGUCACAUGAGCCUGGAUCGUUCCGAAUGCUGAUAAGUUGAUCUACAGUUCUUAGGGAGCUGGUACUCGUGCUGGCGGCAGUCGCAUUUCCGUGACUUUGGGGCAUUUUGAAUGCGAAUUGGGUG